AUGCUGUACAAUUCUGUGAUCCACAACACCAAAAGUUGGACUCAUACGUUUAGACGUGCCAAAUGUUUCCGGGCUGGUGUACUUUCUGUUCUGCCCUCCUCGAAUAUGAAAAAGGUCAUCGAGAUCUGGGAGGGAGAAUCGCAUUACUUGGUUGAUUUCUUUUUAAAUUCUGAACAAUCAGAUAUCAAAACUAAAUCAAAUGUUUGUUUGUUUGUAGGUCGCCAGAACGAUAUGCUUUUUAAUCGUUCAAAAGAAAUUACACAAACGAUGAGAAACACAUUGCAUUCUGUGGCCCCUAGCUAUGACCCCAAGACAUAUACUCCGGUCCAGGUUUUGCAGCUGUUGGCGCCUGCCGCGGAAUUAGUGGAGAUUAGGGAUGAUAUCGCGAGAAUGUUUAGGGUGGCCAUCAUAACUGCACUGGUUGACUUGUCUUUAUUGAGUAUUCUUUACGCUCCAUUGAUCUAUGCUACCCUAAAAGUGUUACGAAAACGAAGCAGAGAGCUUCGUUUUACUUUUGCGACUGCUACAGCUGAUAAAGCCGAUCAAUUUGCCCACAUCAAAGCCCGCCUUGAGGAAGAGCAUAGUACGAUUGUACAUCAUGCUUGGUCGGCUUAUAUCACCACAGUUAGCUUUAUACCGGUUUUGGCCUGGCUGGUGGGUAUUCUAGUGACGUAUGAACUUAUAAAUUUAUCAAACUGA